AUAAAGUACUAGCCACAGACGGUAAAAGAAAGGUACUAGCUUAGUUCCUGACCUUGUUCCGUGCCAGGUAGACCGGUAAAACAUGUUGCUUGGCUUGACACCGAGUCGGCGGUUGCUGUCUCACCGACGUUACCUCCUGCAGUGUCGCAGCAUUACAUCAGAAAGCACCGCCAGAGCUUCAUUGGACAGCGUGCUCUCGACAUUCAGGUCUAUAUGUGGAGAAGACGGCGUCUCAUUGGGUGAAGCUGUCAGACAGCAACAUGGCAAAGAUGAGUCUGUACACAGAUGUUGUCCCCCAGAUGUGGUGGUGUUUCCUCGUUGUGUGGAGGAGGUCAGCGCCCUGGCCAAGGUCUGCAACAACCACCGCCUUCCCAUCAUCCCCUUUGGCACUGGAACCGGCCUGGAGGGAGGGGUCAGCGCAGUCUCGGGUGGUGUGUGCUUCAGUCUGAGGAACAUGGACCAGGUUCUGGACGUCCACCAGGAGGACUUUGACGUGACAGUGGAGCCUGGUGUGACUCGGAAGGCCCUCAACGCCUACCUGCGAGACACCGGCCUAUGGUUUCCUGUUGAUCCCGGGGCCGAUGCGUCUCUGUGUGGCAUGGCUGCCACGAGUGCGUCUGGUACCAAUGCAGUGCGAUAUGGAACUAUGAGGGAAAACGUGCUGAACCUGGAGGUCGUGCUGGCUGACGGGAACAUCAUACACACGGCCGGGAAGGGCCGACGUCCCAGGAAGACAUCUGCAGGAUACAACCUCACCAACCUGUUUGUGGGGUCAGAGGGCACUCUGGGGAUCAUCACCAAGACUACGUUACGCCUGUACGGCAUCCCAGAGGCCGUGGUGUCAGCCGUCUGCUCUUUCCCCUCUGUGCAGGCUGCCGUAGACAGCACCGUGCAGAUCCUACAAGCAGGAGUACCCAUCGCUCGCAUCGAGUUUCUGGAUGAUGUGAUGAUUGAUGCGUGCAACAGGUUCAGCUCUCUGUCCUACCCCGUGACCCCGACUCUGUUCCUGGAGUUCCACGGCUCCGAGCAAAGCCUCGAGGAACAGGUCCUUAUAGCCGAGGACAUCACUCAGAGUAAUGGUGGUUCCGAUUUUCAGUGGGCUCGAGAUGCAGAAACUCGGGGCCGGUUAUGGAAAGCUCGCCAUGACGCCUGGUACGCUGCUCUGGCUCUCAGACCUGGCUGCAAGGCUUAUUCUACAGAUGUGUGCGUCCCUCUGUCUCGACUGCCUCAGAUCAUAGUGGAGACAAAGGAGGACCUGAUUGAGAACAGACUCACAGGUCCCAUAGCGGGUCAUGUGGGUGAUGGUAACUUUCACUGUCUGAUGGUGGUGGACCCCAGUGACCCAGAGGAGCAGCGCGAGGUCCACCUCUUCACAGAGAGACUGGCCAGGCGAGCACUGGCCAUGGACGGAACAUGUACGGGGGAGCACGGAGUGGGCUUAGGGAAGAGAGCGCUGCUGUGUGAAGAGAUGGGACCCAUGGCGGUCCAGGUCAUGCAGCGUCUCAAGGACACGCUGGACCCAAAGAACCUGAUGAAUCCUGGGAAGGUUCUGCAGCCGAGAGAGCUGUAGCCUGAAGUCACUGAACACAGAGACCGUCAUCGGCGUGAUCGGAGGCUGAUGAAUGAGUCGGCACUUUUAGAGCAUAUUGCACUUGAAGUAUUUCCUGUUAAAACGGGACUUCUGGAUGAGACAUAACAGGAAGGGAUUGCUCAAGUAAAAAAACAGUAGGAAAUCAGUUUAGGCUGUGUUAAAAUAAUCCAAUUGAAAGCAAUCAUUGUUGUGAAUAUAUAUAUAAGUAAAAAGUACUUACUGGUUCGUAAUUAAAUAUAAAUUAUUUGAG